GCCAUAGCGGAAGUGACUCUCUAGUGGACUUCCUGUCGUGUGGUGCCGCGCGUUGGCUUUGGCUCUGGCUUGCAGCUUUCCCGGGCAUCAUGGUGAAACUCACGGCUGAUUUGAUUGAGCAGGCUGCGCAGUACACUAACGCGGUGCGGGACCGAGAGCUGGACCUCAGGGGCUACAAAAUCCCAGUGAUUGAGAAUCUUGGGGCAACACUAGACCAGUUUGAUACAAUUGAUUGUUCAGAUAAUGAGAUUAGAAAACUGGAUGGAUUUCCUUUAUUGAAAAGACUUAAGACCCUCCUACUAAACAAUAACAGAAUAUGCCGUAUUGGGGAAGGUAUAGAACAUGCUUUACCUAAUUUAACGGAAUUGAUUCUCACAAACAACAGUAUUACAGAGCUGGGUGACCUCGACAAUCUGUCACCUUGCAAACACCUCACAUACAUCAGCCUUUUGAGAAACCCUGUGACAAACAAGCGACAUUACAGAAUGUAUGUGAUCUACAAAAUCCCCCAGGUUCGGGUCCUGGAUUUCGAGAAAGUAAAGCAGUCGGAGCGAGAGGAGGCAGCGAAUAUGUUCAAGGGCAAGCGUGGUGCACAGCUUGCAAAGGAUAUUGCCAAGAGAUCAAAAACAUUUGUUCCAGGUGCUGGUUUGCCAACAGAAAAGAAGAAAGCUGGGCCCUCGCCAGGUGAUGUUGAAGCCAUUAAGAAUGCCAUUGCUAAUGCAACUACUCUAGCAGAGGUGGAGAGACUCAAUGGUUUGUUGCAGUCUGGUCAGAUACCUGGCAAAGAUCAUGUGUUGGCAACGUCUGAGGAAGCUGAAGAAGAAAUGGAUGAAGAUGUUGUUACAAAUGGAUCCUGAGCUGAUGUUUCUGUGUUUCUAAUGUGAUUUUUUUUUUUUUUAUCUUUUGAGAUGAUCAUUGUAAAUGUUCUCCUGUAAAUGUAAAUCCAAUAAAAUCGGUUUUGUAUUUUACUUUAA